UUUUGAUUAAGAAAAAAUAAUAUAAUUAGGAGUUUAGUUAACUAAAAUUAUAGAUUUUCCUGAAAAGCAAUAAAGUCUUUUAAAAAUGUUUUAAUCUGAAAUGUUUACAACUUAAAUGUUGAUUGAGUAUUUAUUUAAGAAAUUUUUUUAAGAAUAAAUACAUGAAUAUUUAGUGAAUAAAUUAUACACUUUAAGUCAUAAAGAUUUAGAUUUUUAUUUAACAUAAAUAAUAUAUUUAACAAUUAUAAAAUAAUCAAGUAAAUUAGACAAGUUUUUGUGUGAUUUAUCUAAGCAAAAUAUAUUGUUUUAUUAUAAAACAGCUUGGAUAAUUUAAGCUUAUAGUGAGUGUUGUAAAUUAUAUACAAAUGAAGCUUGGAAAAUAUAAAUAAAGAAAUUUUAAAGAUAAAUUGAAGGAGAAAUGGUAAAUAGCGCACUUGUAAGAAUAGCCGAAGAUUAUUUUGUUUGUUUUAAUACAAAGAAAAGAGCUCCUUAUAAAAUAGUAAUUGAAACAAUAGAUUUAAACGAAAUAAAAGAGAACAUUGACUUUUUUGAAAAGUUGAAUAAGAAACAAACUUUUGACCAAAAUAAUCAAGAUUUUAUUGAUUAAUUAAACGAAAUAAAAUAUUAGUUUGAUUCAAAUGAAGAAAAAAAGGAAAAAUAUAAAGGAUUUGCAAAAUGGGCUAAACUAAAAAAAAAAGAAAUCGAACAAAAAACUGUUUAUUAGAAAGAUUCAAAUAAAAAUAUUAAAGAGAUUGAAUUUCCAAGAACUUUUGAACCCUGGGGUGAACUUUGGGAAGAUUAAUAAUAAAUAAUUAGAGAAAGUUCACCUUUUAGCUUUAUGAAAAGUUACAAAAUAAGACCUAUUAUUGUUAAAGGAGGAGAUGAUUUAAGAUAAGAAUAUAUUGCUAUGUAAUUAAUAUAAAAGUUUAGUGAAAUAUUCAAAAAUGCAAAUAUUCCUCUUUACCUAAGGCCUUACGAAAUUAUUGUAACUUCUCCAAAUUCAGGCUUUAUUGAAUUUUUGCCUAAUACACUAAGCCUAGAUUAUAUUAAGAAGCAUGUGCCUAAUUAUAAUUCUUUAAAUGAUUUUUAUUAAAUAACUUUUGGUGAUUAUUUUGAAGAAGCUUAAAAGAAUUUUGUCGAAAGUCUUGCUGGGUAUUCACUUAUAUGCUAUUUAUUGCAAAUUAAAGAUAGACAUAAUGGAAAUAUUUUAAUUGACAAUGUUGGUCAUAUCAUUCAUAUUGAUUUCGGAUUCAUUUUUUCUAUUGCUCCCGGAGGUAUUAAAUUUGAAACUGCAAAUUUUAAACUUACGAAUGAAUAUGUUAGUUUAAUGGGAGGUAGAAAUUCUGAUUAAUUUGGAUAUUUUAAAAGUCUGAUGGUUAGAGGAUUUAUUGAGAUUAAAAAACAUAUAAAUACUUUUGUUUGUCUAUUAUAAAUUAUGAUGGAGUAAACUAAUAUGUAAUGCUUUGUUGAUUUUGAUUUAGCUACUUUUAGAGAUAGAUUUAAAGAAAACUCUACUGAUUAAGGGAUGACAAAUGGAAUUUUCAUUUGA